UUAUUAUUAGCUCUUUGCAAACAUGGCGGAGGUCAGACUGAAAUUGAGUAAUGGGGCCUACAGAAUUCUUCAAAACACAUAUUAUCAGUUGCCUCUGAGGAUUGAGGGCAACCAAGCUAAAGGCGCAAUACAAGCCACAAGCUUGCUGACAGAAUAUCGGUCUGGCGAAGCUCAAAAUGACCAUGAUAAUACAGCCCGGCCCGGCAACUGGACACGGUUGCCGUCUCUCGGAAUUCCUGAGGAGACUUUAAGAACUGAGAACUCAAGGGUCCUCAUCAGACUCACCGACGGUGGAUUUAAGAUUGGAUUUUGCCACGAUCUUAUUUCAAAAUGCGGUGAGGGGAUAUUACAUUUUGGUUCUGCACGGAGGAAUAACUUGUCAGACAGUGAGGAUAUAAGAGUACUCGAUAGUGCUUCAAGGUGGUUUUAUCUCAGUUCACCACACCUGGCCGACACACAGGUCCAUGUUAUUGCCUCUAGAGCUUCAAGUUGGAUAAGAAACCGUCUCGUGACGGCCACCAUAACUCAAACCAGGCGCGAGCAGAGAAGAUCUCUGUGUAUGGUGCGAUUUGCCAUCGGACAAUCGAGCUUUAGUUUGCGACAGUCUCAUGAGCAGUUAUUUGUGAGACCUUAUGGCAACGGCAACAUGUCUGAGCCCCUAUAUAAAAGCAGAACGGCAUAUUAUGAAAUCCUCGAAGUGUCGCCAACCGCCACGCAAGCUCAGAUCAAGACGGCUUACUACAAGCAGUCUUUCGUCUACCACCCAGAUAAGAAUGCAGGCAGCGAGGAGGCUACGAACCGCUUCUCCAACAUCAGCGAGGCUUACAACGUGUUGGGCAACAAGGGGCUGAGGAAGAAAUACGACCGAGGCAUUCUGAGUCAGGGAGACGUUACUGGAGCGAGCAAACCUUCCGCGAAGGACACCAAGAGCUCCUCAUCUCAGCCAACGAGGGAGGCACGCCAGACUUCCGCCUUGGGGAUAGACAGCAAGAACAUUUUCGACUUUGACAACUUCAUCAAAUCCCACUACAAAUCCCAGCUCCUGAGAGAGGAGGAGCUGCGAGUUAGGAAGGAGGAGAUUACGAGGAAGAAAGAGGCCAUCAAAGACCAGGAGAUGGGCAAGAUGAUGGAGAUGGCUGUGGGAGUGUUGGUCAUAAUAGCAGUGUCUAUUCUGGUCAACUUGAAACGGGGAGGAAAUUGAUUUUGCAAACUGACGCAGGACAAGCAUAGGAGGGUAUUCUUUUCAUCUACACUAUAUGAUUUAUAUGGGAAGCCUGAGUGCAAUGGUAAGGGACAUACCUUGUGCCAACUUAACACACCCUUGAUUGGUUUCCAUCUGUUCCAUUCUUGCUGUAUCCAGAUGUCCUAAUGAAAGCUGUUUAACCUAAGAAUAUAUGUUAAUAAUAAUACUGUAAUAGAUGUAAUAGAUGCUGAUGAUUGAGUGAUUAUUGGUGCUUUGGGUUGAACUGCUCCACAAUCACAAGACUGCACUGUACCACUUGUGUGUUUGCAUAUCUUUCACUAGAAAAGAUAAAUAUUUAUUUAAAAUGGAAAUUGUUGGAAGUUUGAUGUAGGAAGUGAUGCAGUGAGGAACCAAAGCAUAUUGGUUUAGGCCUAUAUUGCAGUUUUGAUUGAUUCUGCAGUGUUGAAUGAAUUGCAGAACGGUGCAAUGGUUAAUUAGGCUAACGUUCAAUAUGGUGCUAUGAUUCAACUUGGCUUUUAAAAAGUUGUGAAAAGUGAAUUUUAUGUCAUGAGCACAGUUUUAAGUGUGGGAAGUAAGCUGAUGAUACCUGGCUGCACAAGUUUGGACCUUGGCAUCAGAUAGCUCUUGAUCAUGACUCUCAGUUCCAUUACAUUACACAUAAGAGUCAUUAAAUGAAGGCGUCUUCUGUAAGGGAGUUUUGUUAAGAUCCCUGCUGCUCGGUCUGAACAUUAACCUGCAUCGCUUCCGAUAUGGUUUUGGAAGCAUAAGGACCUUAUCUUUCAUAUCAGUGAGAAAUACUUUAAAAAAAGGAUAAAUUGAUACACACCUUGAUAGGAUUAUGGUUCCCACACAGGCAUAUCGCCAUGUUACAGCUCGUGUUUAAGGAAAACAGACGGUAGCUAUCUAUUAGCUAUCUAGCAUGCUCUGAACACCUGUGCGUAAGCAUAACUCGGGAAGUGUAGUAGAAGUUUAAUUUUGUCGGAUGGAGGCACCCAUAGAUGUAUGGAUCUGCAAAACUGCUAUAGGUAAGUAUAUUUUUAUUUGAAGGAUUCUUUCUCACUGAUGAAGGAUAUGGGCCAUAUGUUUUGAAAGCCGUAUCGCAAACCAUGAUUAUUGACGGUUCUAAACGUUGAAACACAGUGUCUGGAUUGUAUUUCACAUGAGGCAGUCGUGGGCGAAGCAAAUGGUUGAGACCUGUAGGGAUAAAGCAGAAUGCCGCCUAGAGUUUGAGAGCUAGGUGUCAGCCAGCUGAGCAGCAGUUGUAGCUGGGUGAAAAGGUGCUUUUGAGAAAAUGUUUGGUAAUUCAAUUUAGAUGAGACUCCUGCAACGGACUAGUGCACUGAAGCGCCCUAGGUGGGCUUCUGUACUGGGCUCCUGUACAGAAAUAAUAAAAUGUAAAAUCAGUGAGACAAGAUAACUUUGUGUACAGUAAAUUAGUUGAAAUGUGCCUUUUAAGAUAUUUGAUAUAAGAACAUGUAUGUCCAAUCUCAUGUCAUUUUCCCUGCCUCAACACUUUUAAUGUAUUUAAGAUGAAUAAAUUAUUUUAAAAGUGUGCUUAUGGAAGCACAUGAAAAAGGAAUGUCACUUGGGUCUUUAUUAGCAUGUGUCAGUAUUGAUACAAUACUGAAUACAAAGAGGGUUAAUCAUAAGGGUUACAGCAGCACUUUCCAGUGUUGUAGAACCGUACAAAAAUGGGUACUACACAGUUCAGAAUAAUUAGUGUUUAUUUUCUCUCCUACAGAUGCAUCAAUUCAGUAGGGCCGGUACGAGUAUUGCAAUAUGGCCCUUCCUUUUUAAAAACCUGCUGUAUGUAAAAUAUUGUGUGCUAUAAGCUUGGAAAAUAAAUAAAUGUGACUCUGGAUGACAACAUAA